GCAUAUUAAUAUAUUAUACUAUUUAAAUAGAAUUUGACUUUGAUUGACUAGGAUUAAUUGUUGUCAUUUGUUGAAAAAAAUAAAUAUUUUCAAAACAUUCCAAGAUUCCAACAACGAGCUCACAUUACCGUCUACCGGCCUAACCUAUAUAGUAGCGUUUUCGAUUUAUUCUUAUCUAUUGCAAAUUGCAAUGUCUCAAUGUCUACCCGUUCUUUAUCAAAAACGAAUUAUAUUGUGUGGGACUCUAAAUUCUGAAGUCUGAAGUCUGAACUUCUGAAGUGACUAAACCAAGUGUGAAUAAUGUGAGUUGUGAAACGAUGUUCCUGUGUACGUAGCUUACCCUGAAAUAAUAAAAUCAUAUUAAAUUUAUAUAUUAUCAUAAAUAAAAACACGACUUCGGAAUURGCCGGUAAAACGGUACCAGGACGAUUUUAAAAUGGACCCAAACGAAAACGAUGAAGAUACCAAAUAUUGUUUCAAUUGUCGAAGAAAUAUUCCACUCAUUAACCAUGUAAUGCACACUGCUUACUGUCACCGUAACCUGAAGCUUUGCAUGAAAUGUGACGAACCGUUCCUAACUUCAGAUUAUGAAGAGCAUCAAAAAACCAUGCACUCGAUUAUUUCAUGCGAUGCCUGUUCUGAUAAAUUUGAAGCAAAAGAUUUAGAAUCUCACAAAUUAAAUGAUUGUCGUCACCGUAUGAAAACUUGUAACUAUUGUGAGCUUGAUGUAGAAGCUUGCUUGUUACCUGCACAUACAGAUAUGUGCAGUAGUCGUACAGAACGUUGUAAAAGUUGUGGACAAUUUAUCAUGCUUAAGUUUUUGGCUGUACACCAGGAAACUCAUGAACGCAAAGAAUUUAUUAAUGAUGCUCAACCAGUAGUAGAUGACAGUCCAAGCAGUUUGGCAGCAUAUCCACCAUUAAUAAAAAAAGUGCCAAACAUUGCAGUAACUGCAAGACCUACAAGAACUACUAGUAUGCCCACAUUAAGACUAAAUGAAUCAACCAUAACCAAUCACAGGGUAAUGCCAUCUGUCAAACGCAACAAUGAUCAACCUCAAAUUAAUACUCAUAGCAGUAAUGAUACCACGCACAAAGAUCCAAAAAAGAAUAUGCCGAUAGUAGACACUCCAAGUGAUCUUGAUGAUGAUGAUGAUGAUGAUGAAUUUCCUAUACUUGGUGCUUAUUCAAUUCCUAAUAACCAUUCUGCAAAUAUCAAUAACCAUUUAACAAAUGAAUACAACCAUUAUAACGAUACACUUGAUAGUGUAAAACUACCAUGCGAGUUUUGCUUAGAAAUGAUUGACUCUGAAAAUCUUGUUUUGCAUGAAACUGGAUGCCGUCCAGAUUUAGCAACAUUUCAUAAUGUUUUGCAAACAAAUAAUAAAAAUACCAAUGGUGAGAAAGAUAUGUACCCAACACCACCUCAUGACUUAGAUACAUCCAGCAGCAGUGGCGAAAGUGAGCUCAAUUUAAAUACAUUGAGUUUAAGUUCUGAAGAUGAUAGUGACAAAAUCAAUGUUGAAAAAUUGCCUUGUGAAUUCUGCGAAAAAUUGAUAUCCAUUAAGAAGUUUUUAAACCAUCAAUUGAGAUGUGAAAAACUACAUUUGGAUUUAUCUGUGAUAAAUAAUUUUGAUAAAGAUGUGUAUCCGCAACCUAUUAUGAAUACUAAGUUCCCAAAAUCGGUAAACUUACUUGAAACUCAGCGUAAUCUAUUCAAAACAACAACUGCUCCAGCUAAUCUCACUAGUAGAACCUUAAUAUUGAGGAACCCUGAAGCUAAUGCUCAAUCUUCUGCAUCAACAUAUGAUCCACAAAUAAAACAGAUACUACCACGGGUCAAACUAAAUAGACAAAAUCCAAGUAGGCCAAACAUACCAAUGGAUAAUCGUUAUGUAAACAACUCUGCUCGUAACAACUAUUUGCAGUUCAUAUCGAAUUCAAGAUUAAAUCAUUCAGAGUUAGCUUCUGCAAUUAACAGUUCUCCUGCAUACCAAAACCCAUCUAGUGGCGCUAUACCAAAACAAAAAAAUGUGAAGUCAAGCAAUAACAGAAGAGUUGUAAAUGACUUAUCAAAGAAAAAGCGUAGAGAUUCUGAUUCAUCGAGUGACUGAAUGACAUUCAGUCUCCUUCAGUUUUUUUUAAAUAAAAAGACUAUAAAUAGUUAAAUUUGUGUAAUCUUAAGUUUUAAAAGUUCUUAAUGACUUGUUUAAAACAUACCCUUAUA